AUGCCCCCUAAGAAAUCCAAAAAAGACAAAGCCUCUCAACCCCCAUCCCAACCCCAGAAACAACCCGCAUCCCCCAAUCCAAACUGGCCUCCGCUCCGUCCCCUCAUUCCCUCCUCCGAUCUCUCCCUCGUCUCUCUCCUGGAAGAUCAAAUCUACCUAAUCCCCAAUUUCUUCCCCUCCACCCUCUGCAAAUCCUACGUGUCCUUCCUCUCCUCCCUCCCGCUCACGACGACCCCAGGGAAACCGAAGAAAGGCGAUGCCGUGCGCGUCAACGAUCGGUUCCAGGUGCAGGAUGACGCCUUCGCCGAGAUGCUGUGGAGCGAGACCGCCAUGAAGGAGUUGGUCACGACGCGAGUGUUUGAGGAGUUGGAGACGCAGAGGACUGAGAAGGAUGUCUGGGGUGGGAAGCCCUUAGGGUUGAAUGCGAAUAUUCGUAUCUAUCGCUAUUCCAAGGGACAAUUCUUUGCACAGCAUUAUGAUGAUUCUAAUACUCUCACCUUCUCCGCUCCGGGCCGAUCACCCCAACCAGCCAAGACCACCUGGACCCUGCUCAUCUAUCUCUCCACCUGCUCUGGCGGCGAGACCGUCUUCUACCCAGAGCCCACCCGGUCCAACCGCCGGCCGGACCCGGUCUUCGUGGCUCCAGAGGCCGGGAUGGCGCUCCUGCACCGCCAUGGAGACCGCUGUCUGCAGCACGAGGGAAUGGAAGUGACGGGUGGAGAAAAGUGGGUGUUGCGAAGUGACCUGGUGGUGGAACGGUGA